CGGGCGGCACUGAAGCUAAUGGCGGCUUCCGCGAGGCUGGCGGGAGGGGGCGCUGAGGAUCCCGAAGCGGCCGAGGAUUCGCGAGUUCUGGAACCCGGGGCCGCCCCAUUCGGAAACUUCCCUCACUAUUCCCGCUUCCACCCUCCGGAGCAGCGGCUUUGCCUUCUGCCUCCGGAGCUACUUCGACGGCUCUUCCCUCCCGAGGAGGGUCCUGAGACGAGGCCUAUCCUGGGGCUCGACGUGGGGUGUAACUCCGGGGAUCUGAGUGUGGCUCUAUACAAACACUUCCUUUCCAUAAGUGACCAGGAGACCUGCUCAGAUACCUCCAGAGAACUCCGCCUCCUCUGUUGUGACAUAGAUCCAGUCCUGGUGGAACGAGCUGAAAAAGAAUGUCCUUUUCCUGAUGCCUUGACUUUUAUCACCUUGGACUUUAUGAAUCAAAGGACCAGGAAGGUUCUCUUGAACUCUUUCUUAAGCCAGUUUGGACGUUCAGUUUUUGACAUUGGUUUCUGCAUGUCUAUAACCAUGUGGAUUCAUCUGAACCACGGGGACCAUGGCCUAUGGGAGUUCCUGGGCCACCUUUCCUCCCUCUGCCACUAUCUUCUUGUAGAACCACAGCCCUGGAAGUGUUACCGGGCAGCUGCAAGGCGCCUCCGGAAGCUGGGACUCCAUGAUUUUGACCACUUCCGCUCCCUCACCAUCCGAGGUGAUAUGGCCAAUCAGAUUGUGCAGAUCCUGACCCAAGACCAUGGCAUGGAAUUAGUAUGCUGCUUUGGCAACACCAGUUGGGACCGAAGCCUUCUGCUCUUCCGGGCAAAGCAUUUAUUUCAUAGAUACUCAUCCAAUCCCUGAAUCACUGAAGGAAGAAGAAAAAAAAAAAAAAGAUUAGGGUUCUGGAGGCAGUGAGAUGGAGAGACAGGAAAAUCAAAAAAGAGAUACUGAAAAGGUUUUAUACUGGGAAUUAUGUUAUUUGUGGAACAGUGAGGACACCUCAAAACCUGGCAGAAGCUUUUUGGGACAAUGUCCACUGCAUACAAAGGAAAGAAUCAGUGUCUUUGUCGUUGUUUUGGACAAUUACGGGGGAAAUGAAUCCAUAGAGCAGUGAGCUAGGCAUUAAGACUGGAAUCCUGGUUGUGGGAAGUGGAAUGGUCUUCUUUUGGAGGUGGUUUAUUGUUUUGUUGUGCUAGGGAUAGAAUUACAGUCUUAUGUGUGAAGAGCAAAUAAUUUACCAUUGAGCUAUAUAUUACCAGCCCUUGGGGGUUAGUGAUACUUUAGAUCAUACUAACCUAAGAAAGUAUCCAUUCCCUGGGUUCCUUAAAUCAGAUCUGAUUUCUGUAGUUAUUUUCUGGACUUGCUAGGCCUGCCAUAAAGGCAGAGGCUUACAAUGCAGUCCUAUAAUGAAGAGUUAGUGGACUGGCUGGAAGUAGUUAGUAGAAAGAGCAUCUUAUUUUUUCUAGGACUAGUAAAGUCUCCAACAUGCCCUAGUGGCACAGCAGUCACAGAUACCAGAAAGAUACAUUAACUUUCAUUUAGAAGAUGUUUAGGGCUGCUUGCAUGUGCAAAGCCCUGGGUUUGAGCCCCAGCACCACCAAAAAAAACAAGUCUUUAACAUGUUAAUUAUGAAUCCAGAGACAGUGAUUUGGAUCUGAAAAUAAGUUAUGCAUUUCUUUGUUGUAAAGUAUACAUAAAAUUUACUGUGUG